AAAAAAAAAAAGGCCUCCAAUAAAACUACAUUGCAAAAAACGGGAAAGAAACAGAAUGGAAAGAGUAAAGAAGUUGAAGAGGCAGAGCCUGAAGAAUUUGUGGUAGAAAAAGUACUGGACCGGCGUGUAGUGAAUGGGAAGGUGGAGUAUUUCCUCAAGUGGAAAGGGUUCACAGAUGCUGAUAAUACUUGGGAACCAGAAGAAAAUUUAGAUUGUCCAGAAUUAAUUGAAGCAUUUCUUAAUUCUCAAAAAGCUGGUAAAGAAAAAGAUGGUACCAAAAGGAAAUCUUUAUCUGACAGUGAAUCUGAGGAUAGCAAAUCGAAGAAGAAAAGAGAUGCUGCUGACAGACCCAGGGGUUUUGCCAGAGGUCUGGAUCCUGAACGAAUAAUCGGGGCCACAGACAGCAGUGGCGAGUUAAUGUUGCUCAUGAAAUGGAAGGACUCAGAUGAGGCAGACUUGGUGCUGGCAAAGGAGGCAAAUAUGAAGUGUCCUCAGACUGUCAUUGCCUUUCAUGAGGAGAGGCUGACUUGGCAUUCUUGUCCAGAAGAUGAGGCGCAAUAA